CGGAUAUAUUAUCCUCUCCACCUGAAAUAGGAAUACGGUCACCACAAAUUAGUUGUUUUUGUUUAUAACCACCAUUUUACGUUUCGCCAUUAUAAUUUUAGGUGGGAGUCUAAUCUAAUCUCAUGCACAUGCAUGCUUGCACACACACUAGACACUCGCAGUGGAUAAGGGAAAACCAUAGUAGACUAGGCUGUGAAAUACUGGUACACUAAUGACAGUCACAACUCUGAAAUUCUACAGGAAAUUCAAAUAUUGGAUAAGAAAUUCCUGCUAACUGUUCAUUAAGAUUUCUGACUUGGACCUCUUGAAUGUUUGCAUUCAGUGAAUCGAAGAUUUGUCUGGGUUUACGCAUCAAUUCAAUUUGCUUUGGUGGUUUUCUUUGCUCAUAUAUUUUAUUCUUUGGUUAAAGUGCAAGCAAUUCUAUCAAUUCUCCUUGCAACAUUUUCUGGAUUUGGUGUUGCGAUGAGUGGGAGUUCUAUCGUUGUUGAGAUCCUACGAUGGCGAAGACGAUGGCAGGCCUGGUCAGAGGAGCAGCGUAACAGUUCCCAACUGAUGACUCGACCACCAGUCCAAUCCCCUAGAGCUGUUAAUUCACCUCGGAGAGGUCCUAAUGUAAACCAACAGAACGCCGUGAGCUGAACUGAUCUCUUUACUUGGUUAGCCCCAACUUGCAGGCUCUCUCAGACAAACACUAUGUAAUUUAUCCAUAGAUGAAGCAUCUUUUGCUUCUGUAAUAUAAAUCAAAUAGGCUUCCUCAUGCAUGCCUCCAUCAAAAUCAGCAAGACCAACUCCCUUACAAAUCCCAUGUUAGUCUCUCAGGUUUGAUCUUUUCUAAAGACAACCAUGAAUCAGGUUGUAAUGUGCUUGGCAGAAAGGUAUAGAAUGAAUACAUUUUGGUGUUGUUUUGAUUCAGUUACUUCCUUUUCCAAGGCCGUGAAGAUGUACUAUGAAGGAGUUUGUUUUGUAUCAAGCAAAGGAAUGAAGAAUGCAAAAAAUGAUUGGUGGACAAACGGUCAGAUAGAAAGGCCAGACAAAGAUUACAUAACAGAACCGAACAGCUUGCACUUCCAAAGUACGAGAGAACUCAGAGGCAGAAACAACUCCCCAGCAAAAAGAAUGAACCUUUCCACAAGAUUUGGAGGAAAGCUGCUUCUUUUUCUCAACACUCGUGUUCCUCUCAGAGGGGUGCCCAAGUUGGGGUUUGUUCCAUUUUUGCAACAGAAGAGGAGAUUUCGAGGUGGGUUUUCAAAGAAAAUGGCUUCCAAUGUGGAAAGGUACGAGGUGGGUGUUGAAAGCAAGUUGGGUUUGGUUCACCCUGCAACAGAAUUCUAUGCUGAUGAAGCCGUUGUAGCUCUCAAAGCUGGGAAAGUUAUUGCAGUGCCUACGGAUACACUUUACGGAUUUGCUUGUGAUGCUUGUUCUUCAGAAGCAGUAAAUAAGAUUUACGAGAUCAAAGGACGCAAGCAUACCAGUCCUCUUGCGAUCUGUGUUGGGGAUGUGCAAGACAUAAAGCGCUUUGCUGUCACAGACCAUUUACCUCAUGGCUUACUUGAUUCUCUGCUGCCUGGACCCGUUACUGUUGUGCUAGGGCGAGGGGAAUCAAGCAUUCUUGAGAAGUCUUUGAACCCAGGAUUAGAUAGCAUAGGAGUGCGAGUACCUGACUCUGACUUCAUCAGGAUUAUUGCCCGCGAUGCGGAAAGUGCACUGGCUCUUACAAGUGCUAACCUAAGUGGGCAGCCUAGUAGUGUGAGCAUCAACGAUUUUGAGAACCUGUGGGAACACUGUGCAUAUGUUUAUGAUGGUGGUGUGCUUCCAACAGGUCGUGCUGGUUCAACGGUUGUGGACCUUACUAAGCCAGGAAAAUACAAGAUUCUUAGGCCUGGAAGUGCUAAGGAAGAAACCGUUGCAAUCCUUGAGAAGUAUUCUCUUCUUGGAGAAGCAGCAAGUCGUUGAAGAGGAAAUCGGAUGGACGUUAUAUGGUUUUACAACUUUCAGCAGGAAACAAAAAAGGAUUCUUUUUGGGCACAGAAGAGAAGUGUCUCUACAGUAAUUGUAUCUCUUUGACCAAAACACAUUCAUCUGUUGUAUUCUUAGGUUCCACUAGACCCAAUCUUGGAUAUGAGAAUUCGAGUAGAUAGUUAAAAAAGGACAGCUUGUACAGUCACUGGAAAUGAAUUUCAUUUCACUUUCUUUGGCAACUCGUCUGGAUUUUCGCCCAUGAAAUCGCACUGUAUGCUUUCUUUGUUCUUACACUUCAAUAUCUCAAACCUUGUUCAUGAACCUGU